AACGUCGGGCUAGAUUGGAAGCACGUGCACACGGCGGACGAUGAUCUUCGAAGCAGUCGAGCGCGGCGACUUGCGCCAAGUCGAGGGUUGUGCGCAGUCGGUGGACCUCCACUCGUCGCAGAAAAUGCAGCUCCAAGGCAAGGGAAAGCCAUUCUUGGCCAGCGUUACGCCGCUCGCGUUGGCAUGUUGGCUGGGCCAUGGAGACAUUGCAGCGUAUUUGGUGGGUGUCGACGCCUCUCUAGUCAACGCUGCGAGCGCGGACGGCCUCCGGCCACUCAUCGCCGCGUGUUUGCGCCAACAUGUACACAUUGUGACCAUGUUAGUUGCCAUCGAAGCCCUUGACGUCAACGCCCCGCAUGAGGGAUCCAGGUAUGCAUUGACGAUUGCGGCCGACCAAGUGUGGGUGGAUGGCGCCAAGGUGUUGCUCACUCGACUGGACCUGCAAGUGAACAUGCGCAACCAAAAUGGCCGCACCGCGCUGUCCGUUGCAGCCGAGAGCGUCCAUGGUGCUGCGAUUGUCGAGAGCUUGCUGCAUCGGCAAGAAGUCCUCAUCAACGAGGCUGACACCCUCACUGGGUUCUCGCCGCUGCACGUCGCAGCCAAAGCAGGCCACGUGGACGCCGUCGUGAUGCUUGCCCAACGGCCAGAAGCCGACGUGUGCCACCAGGCAAACAAGUUCAAGUACACGCCAUUGCAUCAUGCAGUCCAGACCAACAAGGUGGCGGCGGUCGACGCAAUUCUCGCCCACCCAGCGCUAAACUUGAAGCUCGAAGACGUGAACGGGAUGACUCCGUUCAUGCUAGCUGUCCAUCUUGGACACGGUGAAGUGGUCGCGCGGAUGCUGCGAGUCGCGGCAGUUGUCGACGAUAUCAACAAGGGCCACCCGGCGGCGCUGAUACAAGCAUGCGUCCAUGGUCGCGGCCCAGUCGUCCAUCAGUUGCUGGCCGUGCCCACGAUAGAUGUCAACGUUCGGGGACAUAGGGGCCGCACUGCCCUGCAUGAAGCGGUAUCGAACGACAUGUGUCGCGAAGUCGACGCGUUGCUGCGCCACCCCAGCAUUGCGUCAAGCGUCCACACCGUCGCAGACGUUGACUCGACGCCAUUCUACCAUGCCGUGGAGCGGAAACGGGUGCAAUGCGUCAAGUUGUUUCUUGCCCGGCCAGACUUGGACAUUUGCGUUGGGGCGACGGGCGUGCUGUAUGCGGCUGCGAGAGAGCGCACGGUCGAGAUUGUCCAGUUGCUCUUGCAGGACGGACGAUUUCCAGUCGACGAGACGACUCUGGACGGGAACACUGUGCUCCACGGAGCGGCGCUUGGCGGCAACAUCGACAUCGUCAAACGGUUGCUAGCCGAGCCCAACGUCGCGUUGAAUCAUCGAAACAAAUCGGGGCAAACGGCCCUUCAUGUUGCCGCCAGGAGCGGCUACGACGUCGUUGUCGCGCUGUUGCUGGAAAAUCCAGCGCUGCAUCCCGUCAACCUCCAGGACAACAACGAAUACACACCAUUGCACCACGCGUGCGAGGCGGGCAAGGAGCGCGUCGUAUCAGCUCUCUUCAAGCGAGACGACAUCGAUGUUAACAUGACGUGCAAGGCCGGCAACACACCGCUCAUCGUGGCCAUCCAGCAUCGACACGAUAGCUGCAUCAAGUUGUUGCUCCAGCACCCCCACGUGCAACUAAAUCAUCGCAACAAAAAACAAGACGCAGCUUUGUUCAUGGCCGCGCAUUUGUCGACAACUUCGUUAACCCUGUUGCUCGGCCACCCUGGCAUGGACCUCUCGGUGAAAAAUGCGAAAAACCAAACCGUGAUGCAAGUUGCGUUGGAGAUGGAGCGAUGGCCGUUUGUGGCAGGUCUCAUUGCGCACGGCGUGCCGUUUGAAGUCUUGUACAAGUCCAAGUUGCUGCUGCACAAACUUGUGAACGAUUUGACGCCGGCGUCCGGCCUCAGACUCCUGCUGCAGGAUCUUCCGUUUUCGCUGGACCCGGCCACCGGAGCAGUCGUCCCAGUCGCCAAGCAUCACUAUUCCUGGACAACCUUCAUGGACUUGUCCUUGGCUGUGUCGUCGGAAUUACGACGCCAAACGGUACAAGCCGUCGUCAACCACCCUCUCUAUGCGCGCCACCGCGCGAGUUUUGUUCGGGAGCUUGCGUGCGCCACCGAUGCGAAUGGUCGCACGGCGCUUCAGAUUACGGAUGCGACAACGAGGGCCUUUCUCAACGAGCAAUUGUACUUUUGCAGUCGGUACGAGCUGUUCGACGGGCCACCGAUCCACAUCAGCGCCACCGCCGUCGUCGUUAACGCGUAUGACUAUGGCAUUUUCAAACAAGUGUUUGGCAUGCAUGCGGCAUCGGGGCACUUGACCAAGGCAGCAUUUCAAGCAUGCCUCCAAACACUAGGCCAGCCCGCCGUGGCGUCAAAAUCGACGGAAUCUCAGCACCGCGAGGUUGACAUGUGGGACCAAAACAAGGACGGCACCGUGUCCGAGCCUGAGUUCCUUCGAUUCUGCGACCGAACGUACGGCGGCAAGCUCAGAGUCGCCGUCAAGUUCAUGCGGAAUGCGGACGAACACGCAAGAGAGAUCAACAUGCGCCAGGGAUUGAACAACGCAGACUGUGUCUUGGGGCUGUUGCCCAUGGCCGAUCCGUUGGUCGUUAAAGAGCAAGUGGCCCAUCUGACGCUCCACCAUGACCUCGACAUGACUGCGUACCCGUGCAUGUUGGUCAUGCCCGCCGCGGAUCGAAGCUUGGAGGAUAUUUACUUGAAGGAACGCCCAAACGACAACCACAUCCGAAGCAUGUUGCAGGAAGUGGCUGAGAUGCUGCUGCAGCUCCACGCGAACGGCGUCGUGCACGGCGACGUGAAGAAACUCAACGUGAUACGAGUGGACCACCACAUGCGCCUCAUCGACAUGGACGCUGCAACACCGAUGCACCACCCCGUCGGCGCCAAGUUUAGUUCGGGGUCGUUGCCGCCAGAAAUGUUUUACAAGCUCAAGAACGACGGCGAGGUGGCCCAGUACACGUCGUACUGGGCGCCACAUAUCCAGGAGAACCCGGAGCUGUGGGCCAAAGUGCAGCCCCGUCAUGGUUGGGUCGUGAAGGCAUUCCAUGGGGACCCCAACGCGGCGCCGCUGCCGUACACGCUGGAGAAGGCCACCCCCGCCGUUGACGUGUGGGCGUUUGGUGUCCUCAUGUACCAGAUGUACAGCGGCGUCGAGUUGGUGCCGACGGAUCGAAACCAAGACGUGGAUGAUUCGAGCAUCGAGCGCGCCGCGACGUGGACCGAGGACGAGUUGGCUCUUCGCAUUCAAAACAAGGUGGCUAACCCGCUCGCACGAGACCUCAUCGUGAAGCUGUUGGCUGUCGAUCCCCUUCACCGCAUCAGCGUCAAGGAGAUGCUCGGCCAUGGGUACUUCGACGUCAAACUCGACAGCUCGACGGCGCUGCAGAUAAUCGAAGCAAAGCUGGAGAAACUCAACGACCAAGUGACCAGCGGAUUCCAGACCAUGAACGACCGGUUCGACCAAGUGGUCGAGCUCUCCCAUGUGAUGCUCAAGCAGGUGGGCAAGGCCAAGGAAGAUCUCAUGCGCGGCAUUUUUCAAGCGACUGAAGUCCGCGUGCCGACGUCGUUCGUGCUACUCCCGUUCAACAUCUUGGAGAAAAUGGCCGACGACGCAGAAGGGGUGCUGGACGAAGCAGCCAACUUCAUUCGGCAGGGGAUGGAAAUGGGAGCUCGGUUCAUGAACGCCGUCAAGUCGAGUAAAGGCAUCGGGAGUGUUGUGAAGCUUGUGUUGCCUGGCGAGCCGCUGUAUUUGUACCUGAUCGACGAGGUGCUUGGGGCACCGGUGGUGCCGCCGCUUUUGCCAGACAAGUCGAAACCUCUGUACCCGAUCAAGAUCGAGACCAAAUCGGACGAGUACGUGGCAUUCAUGGCGACCGCAAUGCCAUACAUCCAAACUGGGUUCAAGCUGCUCAAGGGAGUCAACACGGUGGCGUCGAUGGCCAAGGCGCUCGGUGUGCCAUCGCUAGACAAGGAGGUCCUGCAGGGGGUCCAGGACAAGAUCGAGCACGCCAAAAAGACGUCGAGUGUAUUUGACUUUGGGGUGUUGCAAGACGCCGUCGAGGCGCACGACAUGGGGGCACCUGUGCAUCGCAUUCGAGGGGCAGCGCUUCGAGAGUUGGAGCGCUUCUUCGACGCGAUCGACCAAGACAAGGACUUUGCAGGACUCGGACGAACGUACUCGGCGUCGGGUCAGGUCCUGUGGACGUCCAAGUCGACGAUCGAAACGUUUGAGAAGGCGAAACGACCGACCCAAGUCGAGACACCGUCGGAUAAAGCAGAGACCAAGUCGGCCGCAGGACCCACGGCGCACGAAAUCUACGCUCAGCUCGUCAAGCGACCCCUCGACUCGGAACGCAAGGUGCUUCGCACACCAGGCGCGGUGGCAGUCAUGCGAUGACUUGUCAAAACAAUAUGCUGAUGGCGGUACAUUGCCAUGCCAAAACAAAUCGUAGUCUCCAUCUCGAAAUGGAGUGGACGGCCCUAUGGCUGUAUCAAAGCAAAACACUUUGAAAGAAAGGAGUGUUUCAAUGAUGUUGCGAAG